AUGGCUGAUGCAAGCGAUUCGGUAUCUGGUUUGGAAGAUGAGUUCAAUUCUCCCGAAAGCCCAGGUCCUUCAACAUUAAGACAAAGUAGUAAAUCGACCAGGAAAGACAGUGGAGCUGCAAAGUACAGAUCCAAAUUUAACACUCCUUGGAAAAAACAAUACCCUUUCAUCAACGAAGUAAGAACAGAUAAACACAGCUUUUACUGUACAAUCUGCAAGCGUAAUGUAAAAUGCGGUCACAUGGGUCUUUCUGAUGUACAAUGACAUGUUACAACAUCAAUGCACCAACAAUAUGCAAAAGACGCAAGAUCGCAGACAACCCUUUCUUUUCAUUUGUUAUCAAGCCCUGUAACUGAAAAGGUAAAUCUGUUUUUAUUUAAGGAUAAAUUUAUUCUUCCUUAUAAUAUCUAGUAAUUACCCGUUGUAAAUAAAGUUUUUCCUUUUUUGUUGAUGUACGUAGACCAUGCGCGCUGAAGUUAAAGUUGCCACGAUGCUCGUCCAGCACAACAUCCCGCUUGCAGUCGCUGAUGAACUUACACCACCUUUUCAAGAUAUUUUCUCUGACAGUGAAAUCGCCAAGAACUAUUCCUCUAGAAGAACAAAAACCGCUUGCAUUAUCAAUGGUGCUGUUGCUAGCUAUGCUAGCACUUUUAAUCCUGCAUUCUAA